AUGGCCGAGUACGAACUCGUUUCUGGUGGCCGCCAAAUCGCGGUAACCGAUCACAAUCGCAAGCAUUUCGUUCAAUCGUAUGCGUGGAACUCGAUGGAGAUGGUGCACGGGGAGAGCAUCGAAGUCGUGGCGCAAGCCGCUCGCAAAGGGCUGUGCGACGUCAUUCCGGCCGAGCUGCUCUCAUCGCUCUCGCCCGUCGACCUCGAGCGUUUAGUGUGCGGGCUCCCGAAAAUUUCCGUCGAAGCUUGGAAGAAAGCGACGAUUUACGAACCCAAGGUGACGACGCCUGAAGAAGAGCGUCGAGUCGAGUGGUUUUGGGAAGCCAUCACGCAAUUUUCGUCCGCCGACCAGGCGCUACUUCUCCAUUUCUGGGCCGCGUACACCCAUCUACCGCACAGCGGAUUCGAAGGUUUGAACUUCAAGGUGCGUUUCGACGAGAAAUUAUCCACUGAUCACCUUCCCAUGGCGCAAACGUGUUUCUUAACGCUCAAGCUUCCCAAGUACGCGAGCGCCGAGCAAACCGCCGCUCGUUUGCUCCACGCCGUGCGCACCGGCAGCAGCGGAUUCGGUUUCGCCUGA